GUGGUUACGGAUUAUAAACAAGCAUCAAUCAUGAAAAUAGAAAGUGUUGCCACUUCCGAAAGAAAGGACACUGGAAAGUUUAUUACAAUCGAAGAAAGAAUGAAACCUCUUUUGAUGUCCAUGAAACUAUUGGGACUGUACUUUGACCCACAGCAAGAUGGCAAUACGUUUGAACAGUCACAGAAUGGACGUAAGAGAAUAUCUACACGGCUACUGUCAUUCUUCAGCCACCGACUGUAUUGUUACAUGGUUCUUCUUUUGCUGUGGUUCAAUUUUGUCCGAUGUUUUGUUGGCAUAUUUCCUCUGAAUGAAAGAUUGCCCUUCAGGGUUAUUCCUACGUCCUGGUAUCUCCAGUGCUCUUUGAAUGCAACUAUCAUGGUUGUUUCAUGUCAGAGACUCAGACACUUGCGAUCCUUCUACAACCAUUGGGAUUCUCUUUUCAAGAACAAUGUGACGAACCAAAUUGGAUGUGGAUUCAUAUGCCCAAUAAAGUAUUUGAAUGUUGCGACAUCAGGUGGUUGGGUUUUGUUCUUCAUCAACAUAGCUGCAGUUUUAAUAAUCUCUCUUGGAAAUUUGUCGACAUCGGUGCUAUUACUUGGAGAUCUUGUUCGGCCAUUUCCCAGUGAACGAUGGGCAGCCGUACUCAAUCUUAUCUUGCACACUUUCGACACUGGUGCAUGGAUAUUUCCUGUAAUCUUCGUGGUCGUAGUUUCCAGGGUCAUCAAAGGUCAAUUCCUCAGAUUUGGGCAGGUCCUUUCCAAGCAGAUCAAGGAAGCAGAAGACCAAAUACCUGAUCGUCUGCCAGAACUGAGAUCUCGCUACACACAGCUUUGUCAGGCUGUGGACAUCAUCAACAGAACGUUCAAAUGGAUCCUCGGACUAUCGUUUUUCCUCCAGGUUCUCCUGGCCUGUUUUAUUUCGUAUCAGAUGAUAACUGGCAAAUACGAGAUGUUUACAACAUUAACUUAUUCGUAUUGGCUGGGAGGUUGUUUUGUAAUCAUAACAUUGCUGACAAGCAGCAGUUCAGAUGUACAUGAUGCGGCCCAUUCUUUGUUGGAGGAUAUUUUCCAGAUUGGGACAAAAAACGCCACUUCAGAACUUCUUGGACAGCUGAACCUCUUUGUCUCCAAGUUGACAGGAACAUCCACUGGAUUCACGGCCAUUAACUUCUUUGUCAUCAAAAACGAGUUCCUUCUGACUUUGUGUGGACUGUUCAUCACCUACUUCUUCCUCCUGCUGCAGUUCAAGAUAUAG